CGUUUUUCUUCGCUCUUCCCUCUAAGUUGCCGAACACGUGGAGAAGGAAUCUAUUGAAAAAAGUUUCCCCUACUCCUUCAAUACAAGAACGAGAUGCUUGCCUUAUUUUCCCGUGCAAGAUCGUACCAUUCCGUUCUUUUGUUAUUUCCAAACAUUGCCCCGAUAUCUCUACGUUCAUUCCAUGCUCUCCCUCCCAUUCGGGAUCCCGUCUUCAAAACUUCGCGUGAAAUGUCAACUGCAUCUCAGGAGGAAAAGGAAUACACCGUAACCCUUCCAGGGCCCUCGACGCUCACUAGAAAUACUCUUCUUCCGUCAGAUUUUCGCGAUAUGUCCCACCGGAAAUACGUAACGACAUAUGAAGGCAAAAAUAUCUUUUACGCUCCAGACCCACAAUUGGGGAAUUACGCUAGUUUCCCUAAAAAUUGCAAAGGGUUUCUUUAUUACUGGACUCAUCCAGACCUUCCACCGACAUCAGGCCAGAUUAGGUUUCGUCUCAUUUCCACCGGCAAUCCUGCUGAAUUCGACAACGGAUCAGACCUUCUCUGCCCUGACGGCAAACCUUGGCAAUAUCCGCUAUCCGCCUGUGUAUUGACGGGCGAACAUGCGGGGAUGUUCCUUUCGCUACUACAGAAGGAUAGACUCGUUGACGACUCCACCAUCAAAUCGAAACAUUUCGGUAUGUUUCAGCGAUUGAAUCUAAAUAAAGCGUCGAUAUUGCUCCAUUCUAUUGACGACGCAUUUCCCAUCUCUCUUCCAAAGCGAACGGUGGACAUCCACCUUGGGGAGCGAUGUCGCAUGAAGAUGGUUUUGCAAGAGAUGCCCUGGGUCGAGAGACUGGCUGGACCUGGUGAACGAGUGUCAGCGCAUGUUCGACUUGGCGUGUCUGAUAAUGGAAAAAACCGACCACAUCUUCAGGUUAUACGUCUUUUUACCGACAAGGGCGAGCUUGAUUCCCGACUGCCUAGAAUCGACUGUAAAAACCUCAUGAUUACGAGAACCUUCUACUCAGAGCCUCCCCUGGCGUUGAAUUAUUUGCUACGUUACAUCCAUCGCUGACGGAUGUCACAGUAUACAUCAUUUUCCGUUAGUAAACGCCUCUUUUCUCUUCGUCCCGCCACUACGCAAGCAUAGUAACGGUACGAGGAUAAAUAAGAG